AUGUCCUGUGGCCUGACAUUGAAGGUCUCAGAUCUUUUACAGCAACUACUUCAACAGUCAACUGAAAAGAUGAAGUUAGUGGGAGGAUCAGUCCAGGCACUAGGUGACACUACACUUGAGGAGGCAGUGGAAUAUUUUUCUUCUCUCUAUAAACUGCUAAAUAAGAAGCUGCAGACGAAGCAGACGGCAGAGAAGAGGCUUUUUCAAGUGAUCGCACAAGUAGAAAGGGCAGCCAUGAGGAAGUUCAACUCAGAAGAUUCAACUCUGCAUAGUGAGGAUAGUGGUAUCGGAGGAGAAAAUGAGAGUCUGACGGGUUCUGAAAGGCAUCGCCGGCAUCGUGGAAGUGCUGGAUCUGACAGUUGGGGGUCUGGAGCCAACAUUCGGAGUGCAUUUGAUAGUCUUCCCAGUAAUUCAACCAACCUUGGAGACCAUAAUGAAGAUGAGGAUGAGGAUGAGGAUGAUUAUGAUGACGAUGAUAAAGAGAAUGAAGAGGAGGAAAGUGAUACACGAGGAAGGAAGAGGUCGAACUCUUCCCCACCUGAUCCCAGUCAGGCCAUUCAUUAUAUGUUCACAAAUUACAAUCGAGAUCAGCAGGCAACAGUCAAACAACCGCUAAUUGAUCCUGUUAUUGCAAAGCCUGAACACCUUUCAUUAACUACGUGUGGAAUGACAGAAUUACAAAACAGCCAGUGGGUCUUGGAUGAUAGAAUAAAGAUGAUGGCUGAAAUACAAGGAAACAAGGAAUUACCAAGACCUCAUUGCAAGCUGGAUAGAGCUGAAGUAAGACGGCAUUCAUUAAAUGGAUUGUCAGGUUCACACAAAGGUGUUGUGAGACCAAAUAAGACAAAUUGUUCCGUAACAAUCUUAGCAAACCAACCACCAAAACGCCACUCUGUCAGAAGGUUAAUUCAUACCUUUAGCAAAGUAGCUGAUGGGAGACCUGAGCAGAGUCUCACUAAUAUUCCACCUCAUAACAGGAUGCCCAGGAAAAGUGGCUUACUUCAGUUAUCUGACGCAGUAAAUGACAAGGAAAGUUCAGUCAACAGUGGCAACAACAACAACAGCUGGCCUGAUAGCAAGGACGAGCUGGAUAUGGACAACCUACCACCACCCCCCCCAGAAGUUCUGAUGGACAAUUCCUUUCAGAGUACUCAGGUCCUAGCAGGAACUGAAGUGGGUUUGCAGAAACCUUUUAGUUGUCAAGUGAUAAACCCCAAGAUUGGAAUCUUCCAUCGCCUGAAGGCAUCUAUCCACAAUGUAGAAGUGUUACCAAAUCGAGUAUGUAUGAGGCCAAGGUCGAUUGCUAUCUCUCCUGCCCAUCCUGUUACACAGGAUGGUGUUACGGGCACUCAGGAUGCAGAUCAGCUGCAAUCAGAAACAGAUCUGAACCUGGAAAUUAAGAAGGCUAAUAAUCUCUAUCAAAAGGCAUGUAAGAUUAUUCACCUGCGUGAUGCAGCAGAAUCUUCUGAUAAGAGAAAUAUUGUUGAACCAGGCAUCAGAGCAACUUCUCCUCUUCAACUCACCAUAGAUCGGAAAUAUAACAGCAAUGAAUUUUAUGAGGGUGAAUUAUCCUCUUGCA